AUCUUUAUACCAUUUGCGCCUACGAUGUAGUAUAUACGUAAAUGUAUAGACAUGUGGAACGGUGCAAAGAAAUCCGCUCUGAAUCAUCGAGAACGAAAAUACUUAAUAAAGAAUAUAAUUCGGAUAUAAUGCCUACGUAUCGUCUGGUUUCGUGGGGUGCAAAUUCCCAUGGUCAAUUAGGACAAGGUUUAUUGUCCGAGCAAUUUGUUCUACCUCAAGAAGUUGACUUAUCUGGAUGUUCCCUGAAGCCGGAAGCUAUAAGGAAAAUUGUCGGUGGUGCUGGACACACACUGGUUUUGGAUGUGGAUGGUCGCGUUUAUUCCUGUGGAUUGAACAACAAAGGACAAGCUGGAAUCACUGGAAUCGAGAAGGAAAACAUUCUAACGUUUCAGAGGAUACGUGCUCUUGAACACGAAAUAGUAAUUGACGUCUGCUGUGGAUGGGAUAGUUCCCUGGCGUUAACGAGAAACGGCGAGUUAUACGUAUGGGGUUCCAAUCGCUAUGGCCAAUUGAGUUUGGAUCCUUCGGUCUUUCUCUCAAUAUCUCAUCCCCACAAAAUCUUGAUCGGCGAAAAAAUAAAGAACGUUUCGAUGGGUUUGCGACACACCGCCAUAGUAAUGGAGAAUCGUGAGCUCUAUGUUUGUGGAUCAAAUAAUAGAGGACAAUUGGGUUUAAUUAAUCCAGAAACCAUGCAGCCUUAUCCUCUUCUUGAUGCAUUCACCAAAGUUGCAGAAUGGACAAUGCAGGAAAACGUGGAAAAUGUUGCCUGUGGUCAAUAUCACACCGUCGUCAUAACAAAAAGGCAAACGUACAAUACAUAUGUCUUUGGUGACAACAAGCAUGGACAGUUGGGAUUCUUUCCUAAGACAUUUUCUGAAACACGAAUAUUGCAACCCGUAUGUAUUCCACUCUCCGGCAUACAACACGAUGUACAAAUUCAAAUUCAUGCAGGUUGGAGUCACAUAAAUAUCUUAAGCAUAUAUAUAAUUUCAGACGGUACUGUUUUUUCGUGGGGAAGAAAUGAUUAUGGUCAAUUGGGCCGUUCUUCGUCGAAACCACAAAAUGGAAUUUCUACAGAAGAGAGACUUCAAUGUGUUGAGCAUGUUCCGAAAAUCGUUCAACUUUCAGUUGGAUCAGAGCAUAAUGUUGCCUUAACCGAUGAUGGAGUAGUGUUGUGCUGGGGUUGGAAUGAGCAUGGAAAUUGUGGUAACGGAAAAACAGAAAAUGUUCUGCGGCCAGAGGUUCUCCCAAUUUCAUCUGAUUCCAUUGCCGUUCUUGUGGGAGCUGGUGCAGGACAUUCAUUUGCUGUGAUAAAAGACACUAGUUAGCUGCGAAUUAAAAAUAUAUUGUUGCAAAUUUGUUAUUUAUUACAUAUUAAUUGUAAUCGUGUACCAAUGAAGUAUUUUUAUAAAUAUAGCUUGACGUGUUGCCUGUCAAA